AUAACUUAAAACAAAAUUCAGUUUUCUCCAAAUUUCAGUUGUGUUGACAUACCCCCCAGAUAUCUCUCAAGUACCCUUGAGGGUACUCAUACCACUGGUUGAGAAACAGUGGUCUAGAUGUAGCCAUAAAGAGGCAGCAUUACAGGGUGACAGUAGCCCUUGUCUGGGGUGGGUCUGAGUUUGCAGACCUGACGCAGGCUGAAACUGAGCUGGACUGUCUUCCUGCGUAGCUCCUAAUAUAUUUUAAAUGCAAAACUGUAGCAGUGGUUAGUCCUGGACCCAUUGCAAGCCAGGACUGAGCCAGGUUGCUGUCCAGCCUGCUAAAAAAAUUACUGGUGGGACGGGAGAGAGAAAUGCAUGUAGUUUAGAGUAUUAACCUAUAAGCUUUGCUUAUUGGUUAAUUGACUGUGCUAUUACAUCUCUAGAGAAAACCGCUCAGAUUUCAUUAGCUGGUGUGUAAAACACUUCUGUUAGAGCCCGGGCACCAGAGAUUGCUCCAAACACAAGGGAAAUGCUUUCCAUGGCCUACCUGAUUUCCAUACACAGAUGAAUGGCAUUCAGCUUCCAGGAAUGCAUCUGCCCAGCUCUCAGGUAAGGGGCUUGCAGCACCCAACAUUGAACUGGUCCCACUGGCUCUGCAUGGUCUGUGUAACCCCAGUCACUCCUUCUGCUGGCGUCUGAGCCGACGGGUCACAAGGGAGAGAAGGAAGAGACUGCUCAAGAUGAUCCCUGUGCCUGCCUCAGGUUCCCCCCUCCCUUCCCAUCCAAGCUGGGAUCCACCUGCCAUGGACAUUGGAGGGAUGUCUACACUGCGCAGUAAUUUUGGAGUAAGCUAUUCUGGAAGAGAUUUUUCCAGAAUAGCUUAUUUUGAAAUAGCAUGUCUACACACAAAAUGCACAUUGAAAUAGUGCUUUGCUAUUUCAAAAUAGAGUGUCCAUACUGAUUGGAUGCUGAAUUGCAUUUAAGGCCACUCAGAACCAGUUUAGGCAGGAUAUCAGGUCAGUAGUUACUUUGUGUGGCUGCUUCUUGAGAUUAUCUGAGGUUGGUGCUUAAAGGGACACUCCAGGACAGCCAUUUCUCAGGUUUGCUUGCUUGCUUGCCUACCUCUCUGAAGGACCUGAAAGCAUUUUCUCUAUGUGCUCAGGUUGCCCUGCUUUUGGACAACACAGCACUCUUUGUUAUGGGGCCGGAGUUGCCCCUGGACAGUCUUCAGCUCUUGUAGCUUUUGCUGCAAGUUAUGCAGCACUUUCUGCAUGAAGCCUCCCAGGCUCUGCAGAAACUUGACCCCCAGCCCUUGUGGGAAAUCCUCUUAGGAACUGUGCAGGCACAGCUCCUGCAUCUGCAUCCCGCCUGCUCUCCCCUGGACACUGUGCCCUGACACAUCUGGCAUCUGGACACCAGUGCAGACUGGUGGGACCACAUUGUUUUGGAGCACUCGGGAGAAGAGCAAUGGCUCCAGAACAUUAGAAGGAAGAAGGACACCUUCCUGAUGCUCUAUGAGUGGCUCAACCCUGUCCUGAGGUAAUGGGACAUGUACAUGAAGCCUGCAAUCCCCAUCCAGAAGUGUGUUGCCAUCCACCUAUGGAAGCUCUCCACGCCGGACAGCAACUAAUCCAUAGGGAGGCAGUUUGGCAUGAGAAGAUUGAUCAUCAGGGCCCUGGGCAUGCAGGUUGUCAGAGCAAUCAACACCAUCUUGCUGCGCAGUCAUCCGCCUUGCAGAUGUGGAUGCCAUCAUUAUUGGAUCUGCUGACAUGGGAUUCCUCAAUUGCAGGGGAGGGAGGGGCUAUCAACAGGACCCACAUCCCCAUCCAUGCCCCAGAUCACCAGGCAUCUCUGUACAUCAACCGAAAGGGAUAUUUUUCAGUGGUCCUGCAGGCUGUGAUGGAUCACCAGGGACAGUUCACCGACAUCUAUAUCGGGUGGCUGGGGAACGCGCACAGCACAUGUCUGUUUAGAAACUGUAGCAUGUUCCAUAAGCUGCAUGCCGGAACUUUUUUCUCCAACUGCACCAUCAGGGUCGGGGAUGUGGACGAACCCGUCUGCUUGGUCAGCAGUGUGACCUAUCCUCUGCAGCCUUGGCUCAUGAAGCCCUACACCAGCCACCUCAACCCUGCCAGAGAACUUUAUAAAGCCAAGUUGAGAAGGGCCCGCAUGCUUGUGAAGGGUGCCUUUGGCCUUUUGAAGGUGCACUUCAGAUGCCUCCUUACCUGUCUGGACCUCGGGGAGCAUAGCAUUUCACAUGUGGUGACUGUGUAUUGUUUGAGAGAUAGAGGGAGACAUUCCUGACAGGGUGCAAAGCGGAGGCUGACCGCAUAGGCAGGGAGUAUGGGCAAUCAUGCAUGGCUGCCAUUUGGCAGGCCUUUUGGGGCCGUGCGCAUCCAGGAGACACUCAGGAAGAGCUUCUCCCUGGAGGACAAGUGACACUCUCCCUUGGGCUACCCCAACUGGGGGCUUCUCCUUCACCCCCUCACUGUCAUCCCUCUACUAACCACUCCCUUCCUUCCCUUCUUAAUGAAAAAAUAAAGGACACAUUUGUUUUUGAACAACUAAAACCUUUGUUUUGAAUGUGGGGCCAAAGAAGCUGGGGAAAGAACCUAGGAGAGAAGGUGUAAGAAUGGGGGUAGUGAGAACCCGAUGCGCAGCAAGAAAAGCAAUUAUGGUAGGCGACCAGAUUGGCUUACUGGAGACAUCCUU